AUGACCUUGUGGAAAUGAUCAUGUACCAUGAGCAUGAGGAGUUACAUGCCCUGGUUCUUCUAUAAAUUAUAGUAGUAGAGUUUAAGCUUUGCAAUAUCAAGGUCAAUGGCGAUGCCCACUCCAAGACCGCCAACGAACCCUCGCGCGCUUCUCAGUUACGUGCCAUUUCUAUUCAAACCCAAUCGUGGAUCCUCCUCUCCUUUUGCUGAUCCUAUUAAGCUCUUGAAAAAAUCAGCUGAAACUAAAAACUUAAGAAUAGGAAAAUUAGUCCAUGCCCACUUGAUCACAAGCACUCUGGCCUCCAAAACCCAAGACUUAUUUCACGCCAACUCACUCAUUAAUUUCUACGCAAAAUGUGGUGAUAUAUUUAUUGCCCGACAACUGUUUGAUCAAAUGAGUGAACGAAACAUAGUUUCAUGGAGUGCACUGAUGGCGGGUUACUUACACAAUGGCUUGGCUUUGGAAGUUCUUGUGCUGUUUAAGAAGAUGUUUUCUGUGGACAAUUUGCGUCCCAAUGAAUACAUAUUUGCUAUUGCUCUAGCCUCUUGUUCUGUUAGUGGGAGGAUUGAAGAGGGCAAGCAAUGUCAUGGCUACGUGCUAAAGUCUGGCUUGGAAUUUCACCAGUAUGUGAAGAAUGCACUCAUUCACAUGUAUUCGAGGUGCUCAGAUGUGGAAGGUGCAAUGUGGGUUUUGAAUACAUUGCCUGGGUAUGAUGUCGUUUCUUACAAUUCAGUCGUUAAUGGACUUGUAGAACUUGGGUAUCUGAAGGAAGCUUUAGAAGUUACGGGUAGGAUGGCAAGUGAAUGUAAGGCCUGGGACAAUGUUACAUAUAUUUCACUUUUUGGCCUUAGUGCUCGUCUCAAAGAUUUGAAUUUAGGUAAGCAAGUUCAUGGUCAGAUGUUGAAGAGUGAUCUUGAUUGUGAUGUCUUUGUUAGCAGCGCAAUUGUUGAUAUGUAUGGGAAGUGUGGUAACAUUCUGAAUGCGCGGAAAGUUUUUGACUGUUUGCAAGAUCGGAAUGUGGUCUCGUGGACAGCACUCAUGGCUGCUUAUUUCCAAAAUGGCUGCUUUGAGGAAGCACUCAAUCUAUUUUCAGUAAUGGAAGUUGAAGAUUUUAUGCCAAAUGAAUAUACUUUUGCUGUUUUGCUGAACUCCAGCGCUAGUUUAUCUGCACUUAGACUUGGAGAUCUGUUGCAUGCACGUAUCAAGAAAUCAGGUUUCAAGGGCCAUACUAUUGUUGGGAAUGCUUUGAUUAUUAUGUAUUCUAAGAGUGGCAACAUCAAAGGAGCAAAUAAAGUGUUCUCAGAAUUGAUUUUUCGGGACUCUGUUACCUGGAAUGCAAUGAUUUCUGGGUAUUCCCACCAUGGGCUUGGUAAAGAAGCUCUAGAUUUGUUUCAAGACAUGUUGACUUCAGGAGUGAGUCCUAACUAUGUAACUUUUAUUGGGGUUCUAUCUGCCUGUGCUCAUUUGGGUAUGGUGCAAGAAGGAUUAUACUAUUUGAAUCACCUAAUGAGAAAAAUGGGCAUCGAACCUGGACUGGAGCACUAUACCUGUAUUGUCGGGCUUCUGAGCAGAGCUGGACUACUUGAUGAAGCCGAGAAUUUUAUGAGAUCCACACCAGUAAAAUGGGAUGUCAUUGCAUGGCGCACUUUAGUCAAUGCUUGUCAUGUCCAUAGAAAUUUUGGUUUAGGGAAGCGAAUUGCAGAAUCUGUCAUGCUGAUGGACCCUCAUGAUGUGGGAACAUAUAUAUUGCUAUCAAAUAUGUAUGCCAAGGAAAGGAGAUGGGAUGGGGUUGUGAAGAUUCGGAAAUUGAUGAGAGAAAGAAACAUCAAGAAAGAACCAGGGGUGAGCUGGUUAGAGAUAAGGAACAUUACCCAUGUCUUUGUUUCAGAAGACAACACACACCCGGAGUCUAGUCAGAUACAUGAAAAGGUGGGGGAGUUGCUGGCCAAGAUUAAACCAUUAGGGUAUGUACCAAAUAUUGCUGCAGUACUGCAUGAUGUGGAGGAUGAACAGAAAGAAAAUUAUCUCAGUUAUCACAGUGAGAAGCUGGCCAUAGCAUAUGGCCUCAUGAAAACACCUUCAAAAGCAUCGAUACGUGUAAUUAAGAACCUUAGAAUGUGUGAUGAUUGCCAUAUUGCUGCCAAACUAAUUUCAAAGGUCACAAACAGGGUGAUAAUAGUUAGAGAUGCCAACCGCUUUCAUCAUUUUCAAGAUGGUUGCUGUUCUUGUGCAGAUUACUGGUGACAUUUUUUAUGAUAAGCAAUUACCGGGGUGGCAUUUUGAUUACUUUUCAGUCAUAUGGAUGACCGGGGGGAGAUAAUUGCAUGUGAUGGAGCCUAUAGGUCAUUCUAUGUCAGCCCCCUUUUCUAAGGAAUAUCGAGCUUGCCCUUUGGAGGCCGUUGCCACUGAGAUCUCAUAUCGCAGAAUUACAGCAUUGGCCUCUGACUCACUAGGCUGCCCCGAGGCAAGUUCAAGUGGGAACAUCAAGAGUGAUAAUAGGAUACUCAUCAGGAAAAACAAAG